AUGCCGGAAACUCGUCAAGUGUCAGUUUCGGUCGACCGUUACCAGAAGUUCCCCAAGGCCCAGCGGCAACCGAACGUCAAGCUAGGGGGCCUGCUCUCACUUGUGACACUGACUAUCGACAACCUGUAUUGCAUCCUCAACAAAGUACAGAGUCCUUCAUCGCAACCAUCGCCAUCUCUUCAUGAAGCCAGCACAGCAUCCUUCGCGAGCGGAAUCCGAAUUAAUUACCCCGUCGUACGCGCGCCGUCCGGCACUAGCUCGCGAGCCGAAUCCCAGGACGCGCCCAACAUCGCAUCCCGGAUGCACGACCCGUCGCUGGUACAUCACUGGAGCUCCCAGCUGUCAACAAUCGCCUCCGUCUCCGAACGCGACUCGCGAUCCCUCGCACGAAACUCCCGGUCGCUCGGCGCCAGAUCACAUUCACAAGAAAGCUAUGCGGGCAACGGUCGAACAGCGAUUCCACGCCGGAGGGGACAGACAAUUGGGAGUGCACAGUCGUCGUCGGACAAUGUAUCGUCGGAAGGUCAUACCGAGUUUUCUGCAGUGCCAGUGCCGCGGCCGCUCUUCUCUCCUACCACACGAUCUUCGUCGGACGACAACAGUGAACACAUGGACACGAUCUCGCCGCUGCCUACAUCGAUCCCUCUGCGCAUGAAGAACUCGGGGUACUUGCGCAACAGAGCCAAUAGUACCGAUGCAGUAUCGAUGAGCGACGAGCGACCUGGAUCUUCUCAGUCGCAUAUGUCCAGAUUCAUUGCAGACAACAUUCCAGCCUGGGCAAGGGUUUACUACCAAAAGGGAGAACGCAUCUCAGUUGGAGCCCCGGAAUCCGAGUCUUCUGAGAGCGUACGGCUGGGAACCGCCCACAGCGGACGAUCGCGCACCCCUUCAGAGAGCAACUUCCCGCUCAGCAUUUACCGACCACGGAACCGACCGAGGAACAAUUCAAGGAACCGCGCUUCACAUGCCGAUACUGUCUCGCUAGCAGACGACGUUCACUCGAUUGACGGAGCAGUAUACGCAGUCGGGCCUCACAUGUACCCGCUCAGCGGUUACUCAACACCGCACCUCCGGACCGAUCGGAGAGGACAAUUGUACAGCGCUUGGAACGCACCAUCACUGGACGAUGACGUUCAUGCCACACUCUUCGGGCGCCAAAACAGACAGAUCCUGCUCUUCUGUAUAGGAUUUCUGUUCCCACCUGCUUGGAUAAUUGCCGCGUUCCUUCCUCUUCCCCUCGACCCGAACGCUGUUGGUACCCCAACUGCCAGCCAGGCCGACUUGGAACAGCAAUUCGCCCGAGCGAUGGGGCCCGCCGACGACAAGUCCUUCCAGAAAGCAACCUGGUGGCGCAACCUCAACCGUGUCAUGUCCGGAGUUGGCACGCUUCUGAUCGGUGUCAUCGUUGCGCUGGCCAUUCUCGCAUCGCGCAUGUAA